AUGGCUCAGCUGACAAUCCAAGCUCUCUACAUUGAAGGAGAUCCUGCCCUCUGUAGGGUCUACUUCAUCAAUCAUCAAGAUGAUAGGGAGAAUCAGAACGCUGGAUUUCAGAUAAUCGAUAAGAAGCCUUUUGCGUUUGCACUGCAGAACAUCCAGAAAGGAGAAGAAAUCUACACCACUUAUGGAGGAGAAUGGCACUUUCCGGAAGCUCCACACUCAACUAUUAAGCCCGAAAAAGUACCUUGUGUUGUCAACGGACUACUUUAUAAGAGGCUAGUUAUACACGUUAACGACUACGUCUAUAUUAAAGGACAGCCCACGAAAGGAGAUCGUCAUACUUCGACAUGGAUAGCCAAGGUGCUAAAGAUCUCACUUACCAAUAACAAAGAAUGGCUUCACGUUUCUUGGAUGUACCACCUUCAUGAUGUGCCGAGAUGCAUUGUUGGCGAGCUAGAGAUUGGAGAUUGGGAGCUCUUUGCUUCUAACCACGAGGAUGAUAUUGUAGUAGACACUUUGAUGGACUUGGCCAAGGUUAAGGAGAACUGCAGAAGCGCACAGUCUGAUUGGUAUUGGUGGCGAACGUGGGACGCAAAAAUGCAGAAAUUGAUUGAGCCGUCGUUGUAG